AUGCUCUCUUUCGCAUACCUACUGAAUUCUCUACCCAAGAAGAAGUGGGCAAACAGCUCCGCACCAGCUGCCGGAUCCGGUGCUUCCACCAUCCCUGUGAUGAGGCUAAAGCAGAGCAGUGGCUAUAUCGUGGGAGACCAGGAUCUGAGGCCGCAACCCGGAGCUGCGGCAGAUUCUGGUAAGGACACCUACACACUAACAGACACUAACAGAGACUUAAGACCUCGCCGAACAAAUAUGGGACAUCCUGACACCCCUUCUCGGAACACGGAAGUGGCCCAACACCUGGAAAACAGGGACACAUAA